UAUUCUUAAUUGGCCUCUCACUCAAUCCUACGCAUUCUUUCAUCUCUCUCUCUCAUUGGUUCCUUUUCACACUUUUGGGCUUCUUCCUCUUGCAUCUCCUACUUUUCUCCUUCUGCAAGGAGACCGGAGCUGAGAUGGCUGAUUGCAACAGUACAGGUCAUGAAGAUUAUUUUGCUUCCCAACACCAUGAGCAGGCGACAACUACAGAGAAUAAGUACGGGGGACUCGUGCCAAAGAAAAAACCAUUGAUUUCAAAUGAUCAUGAACGUGCAUUCUUUGAUUCAGCGGACUGGGCAUUAUGCAAGCAAGGUGCUGGAGUAAAUCAGAAAUCAACAGCCGCAGUAGAGACCUUGCGACCAAAAUUACAGAGAACACCGCACCAACAACUGCCACCCAGGAGACCUGCUUGCACAUCUGGUCGGGAUGCUGGUGCAGUAGAAUCGUGUUCGAUCAGGAAUUAAAGAUGUUGUGUAGUAAUGUUAUUUACUAAAACUCAUAUUGUUCAUAAAAUGGCAUGCAUUACCAUGAUCUGAACACUUUCUUGUAUGUGAUCAACUUCUACAUUCUAAUAAAAAGUUUUCCUUCCUAUUUUAUACA